AAGGGAGUAGGGUUUUAGCUGCCGCUCCGAUGGAAGACGCCCCGGGCGAUAUCGACGAGAGGGAGAGGGAGCGGCGGCUCGUCAGUGACAGGGAGGGCACGCGCGUCGCGGAUCUCUUCUACGAAUUUCUCAACUCGUUUUACGAGGACACCGGCAUUUCUACUGAAAGCGAGGACCCGGAUCGAGUGAAGAAGUACGAGUACGAGCUCGAGGUCAUGCUGCACAAAGAAUCGAGCACAAUGUAUGUGGAUUUCACGCACGUAAUGGCGCACAAUGACGAGCUCCAGAGGUCGAUCAGCGAGGAGUUUCUCAGGAUGGAGCCAUUUUUGAAAAUGGCUGUUCGUAAGUUCGCAAUGCGGCAUAGGCCAGAGGGUAUGAAAUCGGAGCAUGGAGUAAGAGAUAUCCAAAUUGCGUUUCACAAUCUUCCCAAAAAGCAUAGAUUGAGGGAGCUUGGAACUUCGGAAGUUGGGAAGCUUGUCUCUGUAAGUGGAGUUGUCACCAGGACAAGCGAGGUUCGUCCCGAGUUGCUGUCGGGAGCGUUCAGAUGUCUGGACUGCGGGGCCAUCGUCCGAAACAUUGAACAGCAGUUCAAGUAUACUUUGCCAUUGAUUUGCUCCAAUGCAACUUGCUCGAAUCGCCAGAGGUUUUCCUUACUUCGCCAGGAGAGCAAGUUUGCGGACUGGCAAAAAGUCCGGAUGCAGGAAAACUCCGGAGAGAUUCCUGCAGGCUCCCUUCCUCGGUCGCUGGACAUAAUUUUGCGGCACGAAAUUGUAGAGCAAGCAAGAGCUGGAGAUAGGUGCACGUUUACUGGUACGGUGGUUGUUAUUCCGGACAUUUUAGCACUGUCCGCGCCGGGAGAUAGAGCAGAAGCUCGUAGAGAAGGUGCUUCGCAGAGAGGUGGUCCCUCUGAAGGUGUGCGGGGAUUGAAAGCUCUAGGUGUUCGUGACCUCUCGUAUCGGCUGGCUUUUAUUGCAAAUUGCGUACAGGUAAUUCAGCUUUCGUCUCAUAUUGUCAGACGUAUGGUAAUAUCAGUUUUUCAGGCCGAUGACAGACAAAAGAGCAUUGACUUGCGGGCUGGCAAAGGAGACGACGAUGAUGCUCCUGUGUAUCUGCAAGAAGAGAAGGAUAAGAUUGAAGAGAUGAUGCAUCUACCCCAGAUAUACGAACGCCUUGUGAAUAGCAUCGCACCGACAGUAUUUGGCCAUCAGGAAAUAAAGAGAGCUAUUUUGUUGAUGCUUCUUGGUGGUGUCAACAAAAAAACACACGAAGGCAUUAAACUUAGAGGCGACAUCAAUGUGUGCAUUGUGGGGGAUCCCAGCUGUGCAAAGUCUCAGUUUCUCAAGUAUGUUUCUGGCUUUCUGCCUCGUGCUGUAUAUACAUCUGGAAAGUCUACAUCUGCAGCUGGCUUAACUGCAAGCGUGGUAAAAGAACCAGAGACUGGAGAAUUUUGUAUUGAGGCUGGAGCUCUGAUGCUUGCAGACAACGGUAUUUGCUGCAUUGACGAGUUUGACAAGAUGGAUAUCAAGGACCAGGUAGCAAUUCAUGAAGCCAUGGAGCAACAGACUAUAAGUAUCACGAAGGCUGGUAUUCAGGCGACAUUAAACGCGCGGACUUCUAUUUUAGCUGCAGCGAAUCCUGCAGGUGGACGCUACGAUAAGUCGAAACCGCUGAAGUACAACGUAAAUCUUCCUCCUGCUAUUCUUUCUCGGUUUGAUCUGGUUCACGUUAUGAUAGACGAUCCCGAUGAUGAGAUCGAUUACAACAUAGCGAGACAUAUUGUUAGCGUCCAUCAAAAACAGGAAGAGGCAUUGUCACCGGAGUUUAGUACCGCCGAAUUGCAGCGGUAUAUUGCGUAUGGAAAAUAUCUGAAACCUGAGCUCUCUCCUGAAGCAAGGGAUGCACUAGUGGAAGCAUACGUUGCUCUUAGGCAUGGCGAUGCAGUUCCGGGAAGUCAAGUUGCGUAUCGCAUUACUGUUCGGCAGCUAGAAGCAUUAGUCAGGCUAUCCGAAGCUCUAGCACGGUUGCACUGUGAGAAUCAGGUGCGGCCUGUCCACGUUAGGGAGGCUAAGCGGCUUCUUAGCACAUCAAUUAUCAGCGUCGAUUCUCAUGAGAUCGAUCUCGACGACGACGUGGGUGAUGUUCGUGACGAUCAGGACAUACUAGAGCAAGUGCAUAUGAGACCGGGUAUGCAAACUGGUGCCGCCGAUGAAUCAACGCCUGCAGCCAUGGACACCGGAGAAGAAGGGCCAUCAGCCGUCAAGGAAGAACUGGAAGAGGGGGAGGGAGACGAAGCUCAAAAAAAGAAAAUGAAAGUCAGCUACGAGCAAUUCCAGAAAAUAACGCGCGCUCUUGUCCUGAGGUUGCGGCAGCACGAGGAGUCUCUUCAAGAAGAUGUUGGAUUAGCUGGCAUGAAGCAAAAAGAUCUGGUGCAAUGGUACCUGAACGAGCAAAACGCUAAGAACGUCUACAGCUCAGUAAACGAGCUCAUCGAAGACAUCAAGCGCUUGAGAGCAGUAAUCCAGCAUUUGAUAAAUCGAGAAGGCGUGCUGAUCGUCAUAGAUGAUGGAACCGAGGCCGUAGAACAGGCUCUCAAAGCCGCGGAGGAAAGCGGUGUUCCUCUGGAGCGACGGCCAUCGGCUAUCGAAGAACGCGUUCUUGCCGUCAAUCCAAACUAUGAGCUGGAUUGAUCGAAUCGCGUCAAGAUCGCUGGAAAAAACAAAGGAUCGAGCUUAAACUCUAGCAGAGAAAGAAGAAGAAGAAAAAGAGACCAUUUCAUUGUGCUUGGAGCAAAGAGAAAAUCUCCAAAGCUCCAUCGAGAUAAUCGUUAGCGCGUUUCUUGUGUG